UAUCUGAUGGUCGAGAGUUUUAACUAUAGCUUUCUCUCAUGUUAUGAGAGAAAUGUACAUUGGCAGAAAGCACAGAAUACACAAUUGUGUAUUGUUCAAUUAGGCGUCAACUUUAUAAGAGAGCAAAAAGUAAUAUGAGAGCAAAAUCUUGAAAUAUGCAAUUGUAUUAGUCGAACAGAUAGCGACGAACAAUCAAUAAAGCUGAUGUGAUGCACUUUGGCAAAUAUGUGCAUUUGUGGACAGACACUACAGAAAUAUGGUUAUCGUUGUUCUUUUAUUUUUUUCCGCAGCUCUUGCUGUUGGAUCACUCGUUUUGCUUCCGUUGGUCAUUAGCGGUGGAUGGCUGUUUGCAUUGAUAACCGUUUGGUUGUGGCAACGCAGACAUUUCUGCCUUUGGCGACGUUUGGGCGUCCCCUACGUUCCGGCAGCUCCAUUCGUGGGAAAUGUGUGGAACCUUUUGUGUGGAGCCUGCUGCUUCGGCGAUCAGUUUCGAGAGCUGUAUGAAAGUAAGGAAGCUGCCGGCCGCGCCUUUGUAGGAAUCCACGUACUGCACAACCAAGCACUACUUAUCCGAGAUCCGGCUCUGAUCAAACGCAUUUUGGUCGAAGACUUUGCCCAAUUCUCGAGCCGCUUUGAGACGACAGAUGCGAUACGUGAUACAAUGGGCUCCCAGAACCUAUUCUUUUCCAAAUAUGAGACUUGGCGGGAGACGCAUAAGAUCUUUGCGCCCUUCUUUGCUGUAGGAAAGGUGCGUCAAAUGUACGGCCUUCUGCAAAAAAUUGGACAGAAUCUCGAGGCUCAUAUGGAGAAAAAUCUAAAUGGCGCAGAAAGUGUUGAACUGGAGGUCAAACAAUUGUGCGCUCUCUUCACAACUGACAUUAUUGCAUCAUUGGCUUUUGGCAUAGAGGCGCAUAGUUUGCAAAAUCCCGAGGCAGAGUUUCGUCGAAUGUGUAUUGAAGUCAACGACCCAAGGCCGAAGCGCUUGUUACACCUGUUUACAAUGUUCUUUUUCCCGCGACUGUCGCACAGGGUUCGCACUCAUCUUUAUUCGGUAGAGUACGAACGAUUUAUGCGCAAGUCUAUGAAUUACGCCCUUGCCCAACGCGCAGAAAAUGGAGAGAAACGCAACGAUUUGAUUGAUAUAUUUUUGCAGUUACAGGGUACAGAACCUGCAGAAAGCAUAGUCCAUCGGCCAGACUUUUUCGUAGCCCAGGCUGCUUUUCUGCUUUUGGCUGGCUUUGACACCUCGUCUUCCACCAUAACUUUUGCCCUGUACGAACUGGCAAAAAAUCCGACUAUUCAACAUCGAUUGCGGGCGGAGCUCCGUGCUGCCUUUCAGUCUAGCCAUAACCAGCAACUGAGCUACGACACCGUUACCGGAUUGGUAUAUCUACGGCAGGUGGUGGACGAAGUUUUAAGGCUAUAUCCGCCUACAGCUUUCUUAGACCGAUGCUGCAAUUCUCGAGAAGGAUAUGAUCUCUCAUCCUGGAACUGUGGAUCGCCUUUCACAUUGCGUGCAGGUACACCUAUCUACAUAUCAGUAUUGGGAAUUCAAAGAAAUUCACAGUACUGGCCAAACCCCGAAAUCUUCGACCCAGAUCGCUUCUCACCCGAGCAACGGCAACAGCAUCAUCCCAUGACCUAUUUGCCCUUUGGUGCAGGACCGAGAGGCUGCAUUGGGACACUUCUUGGCCAAUUGGAGAUCAAAGUUGGACUGUUGCACACUCUUAAACACUUUCGGGUGGAACUCUGCGAAAGGACUUCGCCGGAAAUGAGGUUCGAUCCCAAAGCCUUUGUUCUUACUGCUCAUAAUGGGACCUAUCUUCGUUUUGUUAGGAGUUCUCUUUGAAUUAAAUGUUUCCCAUUUUUUAAGCUGUUUAA